UCCUCCUACUGCCUCCGAGGUCCGUCCCCUGCGUCUCAGACCCCCGUGUUGUUACCCGGCUCGGUAGGGCCCGGCUGGGCUUUGCCGGAGCCGCUGUCCUCGCCGUGUGCCGCUGCCUAGGACGGGCAAGCAGAGACAGGGGGUGGUGGUGGUGGGGGACACGACAGACGGGACAGGCGAGAUCGACACUCACGCACGCACUCACUCAGGCAGGCAGGAACACAAGGGCAGGGCAGUGGUGGCGUAGGGGGUUUCGGGGUAAGAUUUGGACACAGAGAAACACACACACACGCUAACAGACAGGCAGGCAACACUCACUUCGUCAGAUAGAUUGACGACAUUCGGCAAAGCAGUUGUUGGCACGCACGCACACCCGCACCCAACCAAGCAGGCACAGGAGCAACACAAGCGUUCGGCAACCGGACAGGCAGGCAGGAAAGCAGGCAGGUUUUUACACCAGGCACACCCGUGCACAGGCAAGCAGACAGGAAGACAGAGAGAGAGAGAUAGGUCGUAAGAAGGACGGGAAAACGUGGCCCGACAGGCAGGCAAGAUCGUUUAGAGAAGGGAAUCAAGUGCGUGGGACCAUAGGGCAGACAGGUGAACAGGUAGUGCACUGUACAGGCAGGCAGCUAUCCCACACACAGGGGCUAGAGCAGAGGCACAGGUGAGCAAGCAGGCGAUCGUACAGGGCACUCACAAGUCGACAGGUAUCUUGAGGUGGGUAGAUAAGGCACUGGGACACACAGACAGACACUGGGACACACAGACAGACACUGGGACACACAGACAGUAACUGGGACACAGACAGACACUGGGACACAUAGACAGGCACUGGGACACACAGACAGGCACUGGGACACAGACAGGAACUGGGUCACACAGACAGGUACUGGGACACACAGACAGACACUGGGAUACACAGACAGACACUGGGACACACAGACAGGUACUGGGACACACAGACAGACACUGGGACACAGACAGACACUGGGACACACAGACAGGUACUGGGACACACAGACAGACACUGGGAUACACAGACAGACACUGGGACACACAGCCAGGCACUGGGACACACAGACAGACACUGGGAUACACAGCCAGACACUGGGACACAGACAGGAACUGGGACACACAGACAGACACCGGGACACACAGACAGGCACUGGGACACACAGACAGACACUGGGACACAGACAGGAACUGGGACACACAGACAGACACCGGGACACACAGCCAGACACUGGGACACAGACAGGCACUGGGACACAGACAGACACUGGGACACAGACAGGCACUGGGACACACAGACAGGCACUGGGACACACAGACAGACACUGGGACACACAGACAGACACUGGGACACACAGACAGACACUGGGACACACAGACAGACACUGGGACACACAGACAGACACUGGGACACACAGACACACUGGGACACACAGACAGACACUGGGACACACAGGCACUUGGAGAAAGGCAGAGAGAGAGAGAGGAAGUAUAACACGCCAUGGAGUUUGGCAAUAUCACUGCGGUUGCUUAAGCCUUCAUACAGUAGUCGUGUGUAGUGUUAUACAUCGGUGCAAAUACACAGCAGCAGUUAAGUAAAAUAUAGCUUGUCAGAACACUGCACCGCUGCUCUUGUGCAAUGCCACCGUCACAACACAAUACUGUCGUGGUAAAUGUAGUAAGCAGUUGUUCGCGUACUAUUGGAAUUUAGCGAAUUGUCAUUUUAAGCACACUGAGUUCCAUUGGGGAAUAUCUUCGUGUUGUAACGGAGGUAGUGCGUGAAUACACGGGUAGUCGCACAGCCGCCGUGGGAGAUCGACAAAGUCGCACGCGGACAGACUCAGCUCAUAGGACCAGAGAGAGAUUUUAAGAAAAGAGAGAGAAUUCUGUGAGCACGUAGAGAUACAGCCACUGUAGGGAAACGUGGCAGGCAGAGGGUGCAUACACACACACACAACUGCAAGGCAAGAGCCAUCAUGUUCUCUAAGAAGACUCAUGGCGAUGCCAAGAAGUCUGCACAGAAGCUGCUGGACAUCAAGAAGGACGCGAUGACCCGACUCAAGCACCUGCGGGUCGUGUUGGCAGAAAACACUGACACGGCGGAUUUGAAGUUGUUCUUCGACACCAACUAUUCCCAGAUCUACUUUGUGUUCUUCGAGAACUUUGUCAGCAUCGAGGCCAACCUGAAGCAGAAAGCACACAAGUCUCAGAGGGAAGAGUUGGAGUCGAUUCUCUUUAUAUUCGAAAAAAUACUGCAACUCCUGCCCGAGAGAAUCCAGAAUAAAUGGCAGUUUCACAGCAUAGGGUUAAUCUUAAAGAAGCUACUGCACACCGGAAAUUCCAUCAAGCUCCGUCGAGAGGGCGUUCGACUCUUCCUGCUGUGGAUGCAGGCGCUGCAGCACAACUGCUCGGACGAGCUGCUGCUCAUGUACGCGUGCCUCAUUCCGGGCUUCCCCUUGCCCGCUGGCGAGCAGGGCGGCCGCUCGCUCGACAGCCUCAUCAACCCCUGCCUGGCGACGGCAGAAGGUGCUGCUUCUCUUCUUUCCGCAAGCCUGCUCUGGCCGCUCUCGCCUGCUUUCCUAGGGCCGGUGUGUGCAGAGGAGAUCACUCCUCUGGUGUCUCCGCAGUCCAAUGAGCAGAUACCGGAGGACCUCACCUGUUACCUGCUGGAAGUGAUGCUGAAAUACAUGGUAAUCCAGGCCAGAGGCUUGGAGUGGAAGAACAAGGAAAACCAUGAGAAGGGGUUUGCCUUCCUUCUCAAUAUCUUCAAGAAGUACUACCUCCCUUUCAUCUUCCCCUCCUUCUGCAAGGAGACCAGCUUGUAUAGUCCCAACCUAGAGGUGCCGCUGCUGCGGGCGAAGCCGCAGUACGUGCAGGUGGGCCGUGACGCGCAGUUCAACGAGCCGAGCUACAGCACGCGUGAGCCCUUGCUGUCCGCCCGCGUGGUUCUUAUCAAGUGGCUCGUCAACUUCUGGCUGGAGGUGAAGCCGUCGCUGCUGUGUCCCACCGUGCCGGAGGCCGAGGGCGAGUCCGUGCCAAAAAUCAUCCAGAGGGUAGCGGCUGGCCUGGCCGGGCGAGUCGGCGGAGAGAGCUCCGCCGGCGUGAGCGGCGUGACGGGGGCCGGUGCCGGCAUCGCAGGCAAGGUGGAGACGGACAGCGCGGGCGAAGCAGAGCCCGGCAACUCGAACACGAGCACGCUGACGGAGCGCACGCCCAGCGUGUCGAGCCUGAGCAGCGCCACGGGCGCCGACGAGAGCCUCAGCGACUCGGAGGUGGCACGUAGCGUCCUCUGCUCGUCGCGCGAGAACGCCAACUUCGUCAGUGAAGUGUUCCGCCAGGCCUUCCUGCUGCCCUUCACCGAGGCCGCAGCCACACGCCGCGUGGUCAAGGUGUACCAGGAGUGGAUCCAAUCCCAGGAGAAGCCGGCGUUCAUGCGUGAGCCGGCGGUCUCCGCGCAGCCCAAGGAGGAUGCGGAGGCAGCGGCCGGUGCGGCCGGUGCGGCCGGCGUGGCCGGGGAGGUGGAGCGAUCGCCGUGCGGCGGCAACAAGGCGGCGGAACGGGAGGAACAGCAGGCGAAGCAGCCGCGGGCAAUGGGGCACGAGCGCACCCCGAGCUGGACUCGAACGAACUCGUACCAGAACGCCAUCAACCGGCUUGAGGAGGGCGGCAGCGUACACGCCGGCAUGCAGCCCACUCUGCAGGUUUUCCUGACACACUCGGUCAACGUGUUCCUGUUGGAGCCAUCCUGUGAGAUCUCCAGGCUGAUGAGCGAGCAGGUGGACUUGUGCAAGAGGGUCCUCAAUAUCUACCGCCACAUGGUGAUGUACGUCUCCAUGGAGAAGAGGACCUGGGAACAGCUUUUACAGGUUCUGCUGAGGAUCACGGAGAGCAUUUUUCAGUCCAUUCCUCCGCAAGGAUUGCGACAGCGCACCCUAGCCGGGCGGCUGGCUGGCCCAGUUUUUCAGACGCUGAUCGUGGCGUGGAUCAAAGCGAGCUUAAGCGUGCAAGUCUCGCGGGAGCUGUGGGACCGGCUGCUGGAAGCCCUCUCGGGCCUCACGCGCUGGCCCGAGCUUGUGGCCGAGUGGGCAAAGACCAUGGAGACGCUGACCAAGGUGCUGGCUCGCCAGGUCUACGGCCUCGAUCUCGCCGACCUCCCGCUGGACAAACUCAGCGAGCAGAAGCUGAAGAAGCAUCGGGGACGAGGUGCUGGCCCCGAGGCCAAGAAGGCGACGGUCGACCGCUCCUUCUCCCGGAGUUGGAGCCGCGAUCAGUUCCCGGCUGGGUUCGCUCGCCGGCGAAGCGUGACCACCAGCGGAGCGUCUCCUGGCGGGCCAGGCAAGAUGAGCGGCGGCUACCACCCCAAAACCACGGGCCUGCCCAGCCGCCUCCCCGGCCUUGGAAACGGCGUGCCACCUUCACACGGCAUCCGCAGCGUUAAGAGCGCUCCUGUUCUCUUCUUCACUUUCACCCCUUUCUUCCCUGACUUCUUCCGAAACCCCUUCUGCGGAAGCCUCCGAGACGUGCCGGAGAUGGAGUCUCCCGGAACCGGCACGCGCGCACGCCACCACUCGCAGGGCGAGGACCGCCUCGCCGGGCAGCUGGGCACCGUGCAGGAGAACUCGCUCGUCCGCAGCAGCAGCGCCAUCAACAUCGCCACGCAGGCGCACAGCACAGCCCAGCAGGAGGAGAAGCAUUCUCAUUCGCGCUCACGGAGUGCCGAGAGCCCCAGCGGACGGGAGGCGGGCAGGGCCCGCGAGUCGGAGACAAAGAGCCUCUUGGACUGCCACCACGAGGGGAAGCCGAGUGAAGCCAGCCCCUCGCGAUCGCCCGCUGCUGCUGCUGCCGGUGCCGCCGCUGCUGGGGAGAUGGGGGACGGGCACGUGGAAGGGGCAGCGUUGAGGGCGGCGGGCUACCCGCCACCGUACGACCGCCACUCGUUCUUCGAAGAGGGAGAACACGCCGUCUCCGAGACGCUACCUCCUGACCACCUCAUCCAGUUCCCUACGAAAGAUUACAGCUUUGCAGGUGAUGGCUCUCCCCUUGAAGUGUCCUGUGCUGGGGAUGGCCUGGAGGAGGACAGAGCCAGCCUGAACACCAUGAACAUCGACUCAGAAACGAGCAGCCUGGGCCAGCAGAACCCAGCUGAGGCUGUGGCCUUCACGGGCUCUGAGAGCACGUCGCUGACUAACUCGGGCUCGUGCUCACGGUCGCACACACCGUCGCCCUCCCCCGACACGGAGCCCUGCGAAUCCAAGGACUCUCCCCCUGCUCUGGACGAGGGGCUCCACAAUUCCGUCCUGCAGCUCAACGGAGAACUGGACGACAGCGAGCUGGAAGACUGCAGCGUCAUCGCGGGAGGCACCAUGACGGGCUGGCAUGCUGACGUCGCCACCGUGCUGUGGCGGCGCAUGCUGGGCGCCCUGGGAGACAUCAACGCCAUUCCCGACCCCGAUAUCCACGCCCAGGUGCUCGACUACCUGUGCGAGCUCUGGGACUCGCUGGCCAAGAUACGUGACAAUCUGGGGAUAAGCCUGGACAACCAGUGUACGCCAGAACCUCCGGAUCUGAUCCCUCCUCUAACGAUCCUCACCCCGUGGCUCUUCAAGGCCACGACGCUGCCCGAUCAGUACAAGCAGGGCAAGCUGCACGCCUACAGACUGAUCUGUAAGAUCAUGAUGCGGCGGCAGGAGCUGAACCCUAGCACCGACUUUCUGGUCCACUUUUAUGGCGUCAUCCACUCCGCACUGCUCAGCUCCGACCAGGACGUGCUGAGCGUGGUGAUGAGGAACUGCUCGCCGCACUUCUUCUCCCUGGGGCUGCCGGGCUCCUCCAUGCUGCUGUGGGACUUUUUGCUCGCUGCCAGCCGCAUCGCGACCUCCCAGUCCUCCCAGGCCCCCAGGGCAGAGACGCAAAGCCUGCUCGGCUCUCUGGUGUGCUUCCCCAACCUGUAUGGGGAGAUGCCAGCACUCCACCCAACCCUCCAUGACAUCACCCCGACCGACUGCGAGGGCCUCAAGGAACAGCUCGUGAAGCUCAUCCUUAAUGGAGCAAAAGAGGAACCAUCAGAAACGGCCAGAUGCAUCGCGCUGUGCAGUUUGGGAAUCUGGAUAUGCGAGGAGCUGGUGCAUUGUACACGGCAUCCACUGGUGACAGACGCCAUCCAUGUCAUCUGUGCUACUCUGAAGUUUUCUCACAGGUCCGUGGCUCAGGUUAGCUGCGACAUGCUGACCGUGCUUGCAAUGUACGCCGACGAUUUGCAACAACACAGCGAAGAGCUGCCCUCUGUCAUCGUGCAGGCUCUGGUUUCCACGAUCACGCAGCUGUUGCCCAUCACUGAAACUUCGAGCCAAGAGGAGGAAAAAAAGCCGACCUUCCAGCGCAUGGUGUCUCUGCUGCUGUGCUUGCUGGACUGGUGCAUGGUGCUGACGUUGCCAGCUCUGCUGCAGCCGCCGGCUGCGUGCGGAAGAGACCCCGGCGAGAAGCGGCCCUCGCUGCUCAGCUCCGUGUUCAAGGUGCUGCACGGCUGCGUUCACGGAUCGGCGGCGUUCGCGCAGCCCGGCUACGCUCCCCUGGGACCGGCAGAGGCGCCGGCCUCGGCAGGGCAUGACGCUCAGGCCUCGCCGGAAGACCGCAAGGAUCGCUCCGAGGGUCUGGCCGAGCAGUCUGCGUCCGUUGCCUGCGCCCCAGGCUCCGAGGGCAGCGAGCAUGACCCCGUGCCCCUGGCGGCUUGGACCGUGAUGGUGCACCUGCUGACUCACCUGGGCCACUACCCCAUGGGCGGCGGUCCCGCACUGCUGGCCAGCCUGCUGACCGAGGGCCACGAGAAUCCCUGCGUGAGCGGCGCCGCCGGCGCCGGUGGCGACGACUGCAUCGGCCCCGAGCUCUUCUCAAGCCCCAACCUGCAGCUCUUCGUCCUGUCGCACGCCGACAGCGGCGGCGGCGACUCCCUCCUGUCAUUCGUCCAGUUGCCGCUCUCUCCGGGCAGGAGCUCGGAGCUGGCGGGGCUGCAAACCCCGGCCUGCGACGUGCGCUUCAUCGCACGCGACGUCUCCGGGAAGUACACGUGGGACAGCACACUCCUGUACGGCGUCGCCCAGCCCGACGGCGGCCUUGCCGAAGGUGCGUUUGGAGGUGCGCCUCCUGCGGGCGGCGACUGGACCAUUCGGGAUCCAGCGCCUGGAGGCUCCGAAGCGAACGGUGGGCAGAGCGAGCGCGCGCCUGCGAGCGGCAGAAACCGCUUGCCGACGUACGACGCCCUGGAAGGCGGAGAAGAUGCCCUGGACAGUUUGCUUCGCUACGUGGGACAGAGCAGCCCCGAGUGUUUGCCAGGACCCGGGCUGCCGCUUCACGUGCCCUCCGUCGACCCGCCCGCACCCCUCGCCGAGCCUGGGGACGAGACGCUGUUUAUGGAGUGCCUGUGGAGGCAGAGCCAGGCAGAGAGGGCACACCUGGCCGGGGAGGGCCAGCUGACGAUCUCCUCUUGCUCUGCAAAUGCAGCCGCUCCACAGACGGAGCCCGAGCCCACGGAGCCGUCCUCCACUUUCUACUAUUGCCGCCUGCUGCUCAACGACCUUGGCCUCCUCUCGUGGGAUAAGAGAGGAAGCUUUGACCUGUUGAAAAAGAAUGAAAAGCUUUUAAGGGAAUUGAAAAACUUGGAUUCUCAAUACUGCCGAGAGACGCACAAAAUCGCCGUGUUGUUCGUCGCGGAGGGACAGGAAGACAAACACUCCAUCCUGUCGAACGCCGGUGGGAGCCAGUCCUACGAAGAUUUUCUCGCCGGACUGGGCUGGGAGGUGGAUCUGACGAGACACUGUGGCUUUCUCGGGGGGCUACAGAGGAAUGGCAGCAAUGGGCUCACUGCUCCAUACUACGCCACCUCCACCGUGGAGGUCAUCUAUCACGUGUCGACGCGCAUGCCCUCCGACACGGACGACGCGCUCACGAAGAAGCUCCGCCACUUGGGCAACGACGAGGUGCACGUGGUGUGGUGCGAGCACACGCGGGAGUAUCGGCGAGACAUCAUCCCCACCGAAUUCAGAGACGUCCUCAUCGUGAUCUACCCCCUCCGUGGCCACACGUUCAGAAUAUGCAUCAUGAAGAAGACGGAGGUGCCAUUUUUCGGGCCCCUGUUUGACGGCGCGAUCGUGGGCAAGAAGCUGCUACCGGGCCUGGUCAGAGCGACGGCCAUCAAUGCCAGCCGGGCACUCAAGCGACGCCUCCCUCUCUACCGGAGCUUCUAUGAAGAGCGGUCGCGGUACCUGGAGGCCAUCGUGAAGCAGCAGCGGGAGGUGAGCACCUUCGAGGACCUGGCGGCGCAGGUGUACAGCCCCGCCAUGUGCCGCCCGCUCUCGUGUGACGCAGAUCAUUUUUCAUAACGCCUUUCUCCCAAGCAGAAACAAAGUGAACGAGCACGACACCAGCCGAGAGGUGGACAGCCCCGCUGAGGAGGCAGACUGCGCCGAAAGCGUCUCCAAGCAGGCCCACGCGCAGCCCUUCGGCAAGCACCGACGCACGGGCAGGCUGCGCCGCAUCACGGGCGCGGUCGGGAAGUCCUGACGACCCUCCGCCGUUAGCCGGCACGACGCCCACGGCCGCUGGUGCCCGCACAACUGGCGUGGCCGGCUCUCCCCCUCUUGUGUUUCCGUCCAGUCUAUGCGCGGCAGGUUUGCAGUGCUGAAGGGAGUGGGGUGGGGGAGGAGGGCCCCCUCAGGGGCUCGUUGUUUUGCGUGCGCGUUAGCUUCCGUUUCUGAAUGAUUAAACACAUGAAGUAAUUUUGGUGCGUUAUUUUUAUUCUUCUGCGAGAGAUUUCCUUUCCGAAUUUCCGUUGAUUGUAAGAUGUACAUUCCAGCUGUCUUCCUUUAUUUUUUACUUUUAUUAAAAUAAUUCGUACCAAAGCUAAGCAUAUAUUGCCUUUUUUAAGAGUAAAUUAUUUUAUGGUAAACAAACCACUAAAGCGUAAUUAAUAAUGCAUACUCAUUCAAAGUUGGCAAUUACAUCAUAUUUAUAAUGUGUCGGUAUAACCCAUCUUUGUGAUUGUCUCUAGUCAGUGCACACUGUGUAUGCAGCGUUUGAUAGUUGCGCUGGGGUAUGUUGUUCAGCACCAUGGACAAUGGCACUCUUAAGGCUGGUCCUUUAUAGCUGCAAGCAGUCUUUUGUUUCGCUCGUCAGUUUUAUCAAAUCACCCGAAUCGCUUUUUUGCCUUAUAUAUAUAUAUCUCUAGUACUAAAGCAAUGUGUGACUGGGCAUAUCACGUGUCACUUUCGUUGGGUUACGGAGUCGGCGAGAAGUAAAUUAAAGAUUAAAACCAAUCAUCAUUCAUCCCAAACAUGUGAACCAUUCACCACCGCUCAAGCUGUCACAUGCAAGGCCCUGUGUCUUGUGGUCCUUGCGACACCUUGUCCGUAUUUGCAUUGUCCGUACAGAAUGUGUCUAAUUAGGGGUAAGAAUAAUGGAAUGUGCACUUUUGAAACGAAUUAACUUUUCUUUAUUCGCAAUAUUUAUUUCCUUCCGAUAGUAGAUUAUGUUGUGUGAUAUACCAGAAUAUCAGCUACUCUCUACGUACACUAAAGCAAAUGAGCAGACUGUGUUUCAAUUAACAUGUCUUUAUUGUUAAGAUACCUAAAACUGUGUGCAAGCUCUGCAGAAGGAUUUACGCACAGUAUGUUUUCUAAUAAAUAUGAAGUAUCUGAAAUGCAAUAAAAAACCAACUUGGUCACAUGACAA